CGAGAUGUGAACGAGCACCUAUUUUAGAGGCAUUACGGUAGAGAGCAAACUGUCCCCCAACAUAUCCUCAACCAACACACAACCCGAGUAAUUCAUCACUGAUUUACCAGCGAACGAGCGAGCGACAGACGGGAUGCCAAAAACUGAAUCGAGUAUCGUCAUUGGGACUUGUGGAGGGGUUAGGAUCUGAAUAACAGCGAGAUAGCAGGAUCAAAACAGAGUAAGGGGAGGCCACGAACAGCCCGAAAAGCUCCGUGCUUUCUCUCCAUCAACUUCCCGGAGUGCUGCGCAUGCAGCCUGUGUGUGACUUAGUGAAACUAGCUAGUCUAGUAUUGUUCUGACUUCACUACAGUGUCCACUCCGAGAGAGAGAGAGGACGCACAACAAAAGGAAAGAAAGGAAGCAAGGACGGACUAAUUAUAACGAACACGGUUGUAGUUGAACGUAAUGGUCCUGCGAUACCAAUCUUAGAUCCCAAGAUUGAUCAGUUUUAGUUCUGUUUGGUUUGCGUCUUGGUCGCCGAGAGUGGACUCGUCGGGUGGUGUUGCGCUGAGCUGAAACGGGGCUGUCCACAUGGUCCAACCACUGGUGUGAAAGUUGACUUCUUCAGAAUUCAAGAACAGGUGCCACGUGAUGAUGGUGGAAUCGGCCUCUGAGACCACUCGAACUACGCCCUCCAAUCAGAACGGAGUCAGCAGCCUCAGCAGCCAUUCGGACGGCGGGGGAGGGAGAGAAGGCGGGUCCAACGGGGACACCAAUGGGGAGAUCAGCCCAGUGGACCUACUGCACCUCCAGCAGCAGCAGGCCCUGCAGGCAGCCAGACAGUUCCUCCUCCAACAGGCCUCUGGACUCAACUCCCCCAGCAGCAACGAGGUGAAACAGAGCCCGGUGCAGGUGCCAGUGUCCAUGACUAUGUUGGCCCCCCAGAUGAUCAGUCCUCAGCAGAUGCAGCAGAUCCUGUCCCCUGCUCAGCUACAGGCCCUGCUGCAACAACAACAGGCCAUCAUGCUACAGCAGCUACAGGAGUACUAUAAGAAGCAGCAGGAGCAGCUGCAUCUUCAGCUUCUGACUCAGCAGCAGCAGCAGGCUGGGAAGCAGGCAGCCAAAGAGCAGCAGAUAGGUAACAAGCAGUUGGCCUUCCAGCAGCAGCUCAUUCAGAUGCAGCAACUUCAACAGCAGCACAUCCUCAACCUGCAGAGACAAGGCCUGGUCUCCCUACAGCCCAGUAACCCCAUGCAGAGCCUGCAGCAAGCCAUGUGUCCUGGGGACCUGCAGCAGCUGUGGAAGGAGGUCGGGGUGCAGUCUGCAGAGGAGGCCCUGAAGCAGCAGCAGACUGGAGAGGGUCUGGACCUCAGCACCAACUCUACCUCAACCUCCUUCCCCAAAGCAAACACACGCAGCAGCCUGCACAAUGGACAGGACAACCACACCCCAAAGAGAGACAGAUACAGAGACAGAGCAAGACUCUUUGAAUGGAUCUCCUCCUUCAGCAAGGCAGACCUCGGAGAUGAACACCUCAUGCCUUAUACCAAAGGUGGCCCACUAUCCAGCAGCCACCACGAGGAGCAUGCAGGUUCCCAUCCUCUCUAUGGCCAUGGAGAGUGUAAAUGGCCUGGCUGUGAGGCUCUGUGUGAUGACAUGGGACAGUUCAUCAAGCAUCUGAACAACGAGCAUGCUCUGGAUGACCGCAGCACGGCCCAGUGCAGGGUGCAGAUGCAGGUGGUCCAACAGCUGGAGAUACAGCUGUCCAAGGAGAGUGAACGACUGCAGGCGAUGAUGACCCACCUGCACAUGCGCCCUUCGGAGCCAAAGCCUUUCAAUCAACCUCUGAACCUGGCAUCCAGUGGCUCCCUGCUGAAGAGGGAGAGCGAUGCGUACCCCGAGGGUCUACCUCACCCCCCCACCUCCGCCGCCGCCCCUAUUACCCCGGUCCGCCAGGGCCCCUCUGUCAUCAGCUCCUCCAGCCUGCACUCACACUCACACUCACACUCACACUCACAUUCACACCCGCAUGGCGUGGGACCCAUACGCAGGCGCAUCGCUGACAAGUUCUGCACCCCCAUCGCCUCAGAGCUGGCGCAGAACUGUGAGUUCUAUAAGAACGCUGACGUCAGACCUCCCUUCACCUACGCCUCUCUCAUACGCCAUGCCAUUCUGGAGGCUCCAGACAUGCAGCUGACUCUUAAUGAGAUCUAUAACUGGUUUACACGAAUGUUCGCCUACUUCAGGAGAAACACAGCCACAUGGAAGAAUGCUGUGCGCCACAACCUGAGUCUGCAUAAGUGUUUUGUGAGGGUGGAGAAUGUGAAGGGGGCCGUGUGGACGGUGGACGAAGUGGAAUACCAAAAGAGAAGACCACCAAAGAUGACUGGGAGUCCUACUCUGGUGAAGAAUAUGAUUUCAGGCCUGGGCUUCGGUUCCCUAAACGCCAGCUACCAGGCGGCCCUUGCAGAGAGCAGUCUGACUCUGUUGAACAGCCAGGGCCUGGUUAACCCCUCCUCUGCCGCCAGCCUCAGCAUGCUACAUGGGAUGGGCCACAAUGACGUCAGCUCCACUGUGGAACAGGUCAACAGCAACGGUAGCUGCAGCCCUACACUCAGCCCACAGCAGUAUGGACACCAGGUCCAUGUGAAGGAGGAGCCCACUGAGGUUGAGGAGGACAGACGCUCUGUGUCGCUCAUGGCAACUAUCACUCAUGGCAACAUGGCAUUGCCUAGCGAUCGGGAUGACCGAGAUUUGGAGGAUGAGCUUCCAACCGACGAGCUGGAGUAGGAUUGGAAGAGCUGAACCAGUGGGCGGGACUUUGAGGUUUAAUCCCGCCCCUCCAUUGGAGGGAAGAGAAAUUAUGACACAUAAAAAAGAAGAUAUAGAGAGUUUUAAAAAUGUAUGAUUUCUUUUAAAGCAAGAAACCAACAACAAUGAGAAACUUCAAACAGGGUUAGACCUCCGUUAUGUACCGAUGCAAAAAUAACACUCUGGAGCAUUGCUUUAUCCCCACACGUUUUCACCCACCUCACCACCCCCCUCCUCCCCCACCCUAUGAGCAGCGUAUUGCCAGAGAGACAGCUCUUAGUGGUGAUAUGGAGGUUCCCCCUUCUCCUCUGUCCUCCUCUCCCUGCUGAUUGGGACAGAUGGUCUGCCCGCCCUACAGUCCUUUAGUGCUGGUAGUUUGAUGUUCACACCACUUAAAUAUACAUACAGCUGUGUGUGAGGGAGAGUGUAGACACACACACACCAGAUCAUGUAUAUAUAUUUUGGAACAGUCACCAGGAUGUGUAUACUUCUCCUCCAAUCCUGUCAGUCGCUUUUUACUUUCUUCUGUUAACUGAGAGAGAAGGAAAGACAGUUGUAGUUUUCUCAAAGAUUACCCACAUCUGCUCACACAUCAGAAACCAAGCCAGUCAGUGAUCCAUAGGUGAGACUGAGACUGGAUGGCAGGACUCUGCACUAAGCCCACUCUCUACCCAUUCUCCGUCCAAGCCAGACAAGACUCUCUCUCCUCCUUAAGCCAAACACAGAAAGAAGAAAUCCCCCAUCCCCA